AUAUUUUACAUUCCGCUUUUUGCCACUAGCAAAACGAUAUCCGCUCAAACAAUUCAUUUUAGCUACAAACUUGGCUAUGGUACGGCCAAGUUUGUGCUGUACACUUCAUAGUGAAAGCAGGCUUGCACGUGCAUAAACAACAGUAGAGUAUAGAGCUGACUCACGUAAAGGCGAGUAUCUUACUUCCUUUGGCAACCGCAUCGCUUCUUUGUGAAAAAGUGAAGCUGAUUAGUCCGUCAAGCUGCUGUGUUCAACAAGGCUGGGAAGGAUGAAAGUCGGCUGGUGGAGCUGUGUGCUUGGAUUAUUCUGCAUUCCAACUGUCGUGCACACCUGGCCAGUUUCUCAGAAUCCUUCACAAACGUCUGUUGUAAGUGUCAACUCCUCCUUGGAGAUAACCUGCUCCACCGUGUUGCCUCAUCCAGUAGGAGUCUACCUCCGCAGGCAUUUCCGAGGCCGAAGGGACGUGCUGUACUUGUCCUUGGAUAAAGGCCGGCUUGCUAAGAGCACAGUUUGUGCAGAAUUUGAGGGCCGAAUUCACAUAACUUCUUUCACCCACCCGGACAAGGGCCAUGGCUUCACUAUCAAGCUGUCUCUGCUGCAGAUGGAAGACACUGACUUGUAUAACUGUCAAUGGACCUCCUUCAAAUUAGACACUCAGACUGAGCAAACCAUCCUCAACAAUGACACUCUUAUCAUUGUCAGAGAUGUGAAACAAUGCAGUAAUGUUUUGGAUCUCAUCUUGAUUGCUGUGAAUGUGACAGUGUUUACUGUCACCAUGGCAGCAGGAGGAGUCAUUUUGAGGAACAGAUACAAAUUUAAAAAGCACUUCCAACCUGGCAUACAAUCGGUUCCAACCAGAAUGUACAGGAUACAACGUGUGUGCCAUCAUCACAGGGGCCACCAUGAUCCCUACUUCGAAAAUACUGUGGACAUCAGAUACAUAUAGUGCGAAGAUAUUUUUGCAACAUGUUUUUUUCUCUUUUUUUUUGCAUCUUGCAGAAAAAAGCCCAGCCUGCAAACUGCAAAGGUGUCAACGACUGUUCUUUUGUUUCCUUUUCAUGACAAAUACGCUUUGCAGGCCUAUUACGUGUUUGAGCUAUACCACAUCCUACCCAUGUAAGCAUACAUGUAAGCAUGCAAUUGCUAUCAUUUAUGUCUUAUUCAACGUGAAAUAAUGUACUUCCUAAACAAAAUGUUUAAUAAAUGAAGUUUUACAACGUUGCUGUUGAAAUUAGUUGAUAUAAACGACCAAUUUCAUGUAAACUAAUGAGAUAAAUCUCUGAAAAAUAGUAUAAAUCAUAAUCAUAAUUCAGUAAUGUUGUUUGCAAAAAAAACAAAGCAUUUUCCCCCAUUGGCCUCUUACCUACAUAUCGGUCAAUGAAUACAUGACAGAUUUGAAUUUUAAAUUAGCAAUGAAAUUAACAAUUUAACUAAAUAUACAAGCUUUUAUAUCAUGACUGUACAUCAAAUUUUACAUGUGACUUAUUUAAAGGACAAUGGCUGUGUUCCAAAUCUCUCACUUACUCACUUCAAUAUGUACACUUGGUACCCUGCAUACUCAGCAGAGGUGGGAGCAAGCCAGUGUUUUGCAAGCUUCAAGUAAGUCUCAAGCCUUUAAUCUCAAGUCUCAAAUCAAGACAAGACAGAUCAAGGCAAGUUCGACGUCAUAGACUUGAAAUUCACGAGUCCUUACAAGUCAUAAGCACAGUAGUAAACUGUCAUUUUAACAAUGCAACAGUCUAUUACAUUUGACAAAUGAAUGAUUUAGCAUCAGCUUUAUUUGCCAUGUGUGUUCCCACAAAAGGAAUUUCA